AUGAGUGGUGCUCCCGCGAGUCCUCAAACACAUGCCGGCAAGUCAGUGCAGAGGAUGCAGUCGGACUCAGAGAACGUGUGUUAUUUGGCUCAGCGGGUCGAUGUGCCUGCUCAAACGAUUGUCGUCCACAAUCCUCCUCGUAGGAGAAGAUGGAGCAAAGAACCACCUCCUCAGAUGAGGAUUGUUGUUCUGGGUUCGAGCGUGUCAGAAAACAGUCUGGUGGGAAACUUCAUCUUAGGACGAGCAGCGUUUGACAGUGAAGCUCCUCCAGAUGUUGUAGAGAGAGUCGGAGGAAGACUGAAGGACAGACAUGUGAUGGUCAUCAACAGUCCUCAGCUGCUCCAGACGAACAUCUCAGCUCAUCAGCUCACACAGACAGUGAGAGAGUGUGUGCAUCUGUCUGAUCCAGGACCUCAUGUGAUCGUGCUGCUCCUCAGACAUGAGCCGUGUUCAGCAGAAGAUCAGGAGCGUGUGGAGAAGGUGCUGCUCUCUUUCUCUGAGCAGGUUUAUCAACACACCAUGGUGCUCACAACACAAGAGCCCACAGAAACCAGUGACAUCCUACAGAACAUCAUUCAGAAAUGUGCAAACAAACACUUCGGUCUUCAGAGGAGCAGCUCUCCUGAUGAUCUGCUGCAGAUGUUUGAGGACAUUGUGAAGAUGAACGAUGGACUGCGUCUGGAUUGUGCCGAAGUUUCAGAGUGUAAAAAGCUGAAUCUGGUUGUGUGUGGGAGUGACGGGACAUUGAAAUCCCCAGCUCUGAUCCGUCUCUCAGAGGAGGACGUGCUGCGUCAGACUCUCCGCUGUGUGUCUCUCUGUCAUCCUGGAGUUCAUGUGUUCAUCCUCAUCAUUCCUGAUGCUCCACUCAAUAAUGAAGACAAAGCUGAAACGGAGAAGAUCCAGAGGAUCUUCAGCCCGAGAAUCAACAAACACAUCAUGAUCCUCAUAAAUCAGAAUCCAGAGCGUCAGACAGCAGAACUAAAUGAAGAAACACAGUCUGUCAUUGAGAGUUUUGGAGGACGCCAUUAUUUCAUUGACCUGAACACACAAGUGUCCACACUGAUGGAGAACAUCGAGCAGAUGCUGGAAGAAAACAGAGGAGAGUUUUUCUCCACAGAGACAUUUCUGGAUGCUCAGAUGAUAAAACUGCUGAAAUUUGAAGAGAUGAAGAAGAAAAUUCAGUCACUAGAAACACAUGUACUGUCACAAGAAGAAGAAUUAAAUGAGAGAGAAGAGAGAUAUAAAACACAAAUAAAGGAGAAGGAGAGAGAGAUGAAAGAGGAGAUGAAGAGAGAACGAGAGGAACGGGAGAAACAGAAAGAAGAGGAAAAGACGAGAAGAGAAGAAGAGGAGGAGAAAAGUAGAGAACAAGAACAGAGAGCUUGGGAUGAACAGAUUCAGAGACUGAAGAGUGAAAUGGAGGGAAUAGUCAGAGAGAAAGAGAGAAUAGAAAGAGAGAAACAAGAACAGCUAGAGGAUUCAGAGAAGAGACUGAAAGAAGAAAGAAACAUGCGAGAAGAUCAACAGAAGACUCUUGAAGAACAGCAUGAAGAAGAGCUGAAGAGAAGACGAGUGCAGUGGAGAGAGGAAGAGGAGAGAGAGGAAGAGGAGGAGAAGAAGAAGAAGAAGAUCUGCUCUGAAACUGGUCCUUCACUGCAGGGAGAAAACAGGGACAUUGAACCAGCAGAAAAAAUACAGAAUCUAUUUCACAGACUUCAUCUUGAAGACAAACACCUCAACAGACUGAGAGCUGCAGAUGUUCUUCAGAUAACUGCACAUUCAUUACAGUCUCAUGAGUCUUGUGCUGAAGAAGAGCUGGUUCAGACUUUCCUACAGAAACUACUGAUGAUGAACUACAGAGCAAGAUACAUUCAAACUAAGCAGACCAAAGAUCACAUGCAACAAAGAGACAGUGACUCCUCAGAAGAUGAGUUUGAUAUUUUUGAAAGAACUUCUUUGUCAAAUGAAGAAACCAGUCAGUCUGAGCGAAUCCACCCGAUGGAUGUCCAGAUGGCUGUGUUUCAUUGUGCUGAUGUUUUCCUGAAGCAGCUGAUGGUCACUAAACUGUCCCAGUGUCAGUACGCUUUGCCUCUGCUUGUUCCUGAUCCAUUCACACGACAGAUUGAGUUUCCUCUCUGGACAUUCAGACAAAUCAUCAAGAGCUGGAAGAUCAGAAACACCAGAAAUGAGAUCAUCAGACAAACCCUGCCGAUCUACAAGGCAGAAACUCCAAUGGUGUUCUUCUCCAGGUUUGGCUCUGUGUCUUCCUCCAAGUCUCAGCUGAUGAACCGUCUGAUUAAUGAGAAACACAACCCGUUCUUCCACAGAAACUGCCCAGGCAGCAGCAGAACCAGAGUCCUGAUGGACGGAGUGGUGGAGAUCUCCUGGUUCUGCCCAUCUGGAUCAUAUAAUGAUCAUUUCAGUGAGUGUGUAGCAUUCUGUAAUCUACACGGUGAUGCAGGAGACCACGAGAAACAGCUGCAGAUCCUCACUGACAUGUGCUCAGUCAAUGUUGUUCUUCUGCCACAACUCGACAGGAAUGAUAGAAACAUGAUAAAAGUUCAAAACCUGUACAAGGACUCAAAGCCACUCAUUUGUCUCCUUACUGAGGAUGAUUUAGCUCUCACUGAGAUGAGGAAUAGAAAAUAUAAAAUUGGUCUGAAAGACAGAAAUCAAUCAGAUGUGUCUGAAGAACUCAGAAGAGCUAUAAAUGCUUGUCUUUCAGAUUCAUCUCACACUUUCAGACUUGAAGAUGUGUCCAAACACUCAGACGUCAGAGUAGAUGAGGAAGAUGACGAAGACUGCAGGAGAGGAAGAGAAGCAGCACAGCAGAUGAUGAGUUUACUGCAGAAGAAAGAUCUGACGAAAGUCAAAGAAUGGUUUCUGCCUCGUCAGGGCAAACUGUGGCAUCAGUGGAGUCAGAGGAACAGAGAACUACAUCGACCUCCAGGAGAUGAGAUCGAAAUGUACAUCAGAAGAAAACAAACAGAGAUGAAGAAAAUACGUGAACUGCAGCAUGAAUCUGACAUCAGUGAGUUUAUGAAGCUCUUUAUUAAAGAAAUGAACUCACACGCUGCCACAAAGAUGUUUUUUCUUAAAUGGCUCAGAAUCCUUCUGGAUGAACAUGCAUCAGCUGAUCUUUCUGCUCUACAUCACACAUAUGAUGAAAAGUGGUCAACAGUCUUGAAACUGAAAGAGAACCAUAAUAAAUCUGAACAUCUCAGAGCUGAACAAUCUGAGCUUGAGAGAAUAUCCGAGGAUCUUCAAGCUGCAGGCUUUGGUGUGGAGCACAUCAUGAGGGAGAUCGGUCAGAUCUAUGAAUCGUGUUCAUCUGUGCAGAAGAACAAGAAAGACCUGCAGGUUCACUUCUCUUCUCUCCCGAGUCUCGCAGCAGAGAUGAUGAUCUCUGGGUUUCCACUGGAGCUGAUGGAUGGAGAUGCUGCUCAUGUUCCUGUGGUCUGGAUCUCUGCUGUUCUAGAUCAACUCAAUCAGAGACUAGGAGACCAGAGAGUCUUUGUGCUGUCAGUUUUAGGGCUCCAGAGCUCUGGGAAAUCCACCAUGCUGAACGCCAUGUUUGGACUGCAGUCUGCCGUCAGUGCUGGCAGAACAACCAGAGGAGCUUUCAUGCAGCUGAUCAGAGUCUCAGACGAGAUGAAAACACAGAUGAACACUGACUAUAUUCUGGUUGUUGAUACUGAGGGUCUUCGAGCUCUAGAACUGUCCGGAAGAUCAACAAGACAUCAUGACAAUGAACUGGCCACAUUUGUUGUAGGUCUCGGAAAUCUGACACUGAUCAACAUCUUUGGAGAAAACCCAGCUGAGAUGCAGGACAUUCUUCAGAUUGUUGUUCAGGCCUUCAUGAGGAUGAAGAAGGUAAAUCUGUCUCCCAGCUGUGUGUUUGUGCAUCAGAACAUCUCAGACGUCACAGCUGGAGAGAAAAACGUGGAGAGAAGGAGACGACUGCAGGAGACACUGGAUGAGAUGACAAAACUCGCUGCUAAAGAGGAAGACUGUGAUGCAGAAUGUUUCAGUGAUGUGAUUAGAUUUGAUGUUCAGAAAGAUGUGAAGUAUUUCGCUCAGCUCUGGGAGGGAUGCCCACCGAUGGCUCCACCUAACCCAACAUACUGCGAGAACAUUCAAGAACUGAAGAAAACUAUCAUGUCUCAUGCCUCAAAAUCACAUGGAAUGAGGCUGACACACUUGAAAGAUCGUAUUAAAGAUCUCUGGGAGGCUUUACUGAAUGAACAAUUCGUCUUCAGCUUCAGAAACGCUCUGGAAAUCUCGGCUUACAGGAAACUGAAGACUGAAUACAGGAAGUGGUCCUGGAGGCUUCGCAGUGCUAUGCUGGAAACUGAGAACAAACUACACAACAGAAUAGAAAAUGAUGUGAUUCAUGAGAUUGAAGAAACUGAUCUUCAGAGAGAGCUGAAGGAGACAAGUGAAGAAGUGGAAAAAUCAAUGUCUGAAUUCUUUGAGAAAGACACAUAUGCAGAUAUACUGAUUCAGUGGAAAACAUCAUUUGAAAUCAAGAUCAAAGACUUUCAGGAAAACAUUGUGAGAGAAACAAAGAGAAAAUUAAAUGAGGUUCUGCAGCAGCGACACCUGAAGAAAAAGAUUGAUGCUCAGAGGAAACAUUAUGAAAACACUCUCUAUGAAAAGAGCAAAGAACUCGCCUUAAACCUCAAAGACAAAGCAAUCGAUGAAGACACACUGAAGAAAGAGUUUGAUUUGUUCUGGGAUCAGUGUGUGAAGAAGAUCAUCAGAGACACUCCUGCAAUCAGACACAUUGACAUAAUGAGAGAUGUGAGAGAGGUCCUCAGUGACGUCUAUGAAAGCACUCCUGCUGAUCACUGGAGGGAGAGCAGGGAUAUUUUCACUGUGCCCAGUUAUUCAGAUUAUGUUAUUUUCAGAAAGUCCAAAAAAGGUUUGCUUAAAUGGGCUGCAAAGGAUGCUUACAGAACAGCUAGAGAAACAUUUGGAUUUGUUCGAGCUCUGUCUCUAGAGGAUGAAGCACAAAUAAGAUCAUUAGUCACAGAUGUUGCUCAGCAGACAGACAGAAUGAUUCAGUCAUUUAACAUCUCAAAGAUGGGCUACAACACCAGCUGCAUUCAACAACUCACAGAUUACAUCAGAGCGAGAGUAACAGAGCAUGAGGAAGGACCAGUGAGAUAUGUGUUCAGGAAUCAAUUCUUCAUGGAUUUGGUUCUGUCCAUCUGUAAGAGAGCGAACAAGAUGAUCACUGACCAACACAGACUGUUCAGAGAAGCCAAUGAUCCUGUAAUAUAUGUUCAGAAGAAGAGAGAAGAGUACUAUAGUAUUUUCCAGAAAUACUGUCAUGGAGCUGCAUCAGCUACAAUUUUUGGUGAGAAUAUCUGUCAGAAACUGAAAGAGCCCAUUGAGCAGAGUGUCUACAAGAAGACUGCCAGAGAUCUGACGGAUGAAAUGAGAUCAAACUGUGAAUCACUGAAUAGAAACCGAUCAAAUCUGGAGAAACACAUCCUGAAGACACUGGCAGCAGAGGAGGAUUUUAACAAAUACAUGAACUACAUUCACAAUCCCAGAGAUCACUUCAGUGGUUUCAUCAGAGAUGAAGUCAGGCGGUACAUCAGUGAUCGGUUCAGUCUCAGUGUUUUAUCCAAUAUGAAGAAGAACAUUAAAGUCCUGCAGCAGAAGAUCAUAGAAGCAGCUCAUCAAUCUACUGAACGUGCUCGAGAGAACAGAGGAGAAGCUGGUUUGUGGGUUAAGAGUUUCACACAGCAGCUCUCAGAUGAGCUGAUCUUCUCUGAGAAACACCUCCGUGGAGUCAAACAUGUUGAUGUGGAUGAUUUCAACCUCCUAGAAGAUGUGAUGAGGCAAGAACUUACUGCUAUAGUGUCAGACAUCAGCAGGAGAUUCAAUAGAAGGUCAUUUGAUGAAAAACUGGACCUCAAGUUCAGAGCAGAUGAGCUUCUGAUUGAUCUCUUCUGUCAGUGCUGUUGGGUUCAGUGUCCGUUCUGUGAAGCCGUCUGCUCAAACAUCAUAGAAAACCAUGAUGGAGAUCACAGUGUUGCUUUCCACAGAGUGGAUGGAAUUAAUGGCACAUAUUACACUUCUACACAGAAUCUCUGUGCUGAUAUUUGCACAAGUUUAGUGGCAAGUGAAAGAACAUUUUGUGUAUCAGCUCAGAGGUUUCCAUAUAGAGAUUACAGAAGAGCAGGAGGAGUUUAUGCAGACUGGAGCAUCAGCCCUGAUCUCUUUACACUGCCCUACUGGAAGUGGUUUGUGUGCAGAUUCCAGAGAGAUCUGGAGAAACACUACAGUAAAACAUUUGAGGGGAGUGGAAGGAUACCAGAUGAAUGGAAACAAUACUCAAAACCGGACGCUAUUGAGAGUUUGGAUACAUACAUCUAAUGGAGAAGAUGAAGACUGAGACUCUUGUGUCUCCUCUCACAUUCAGACUCAACUCAAGACGAUCAGAUCUCAUCAAAUACAGCCCAGGAUUCAAGACCAGAUUCAGUCUCGCAUGCUGAUAUCAGUCAAAU